CAGGUAAAAUAACCUCUACAGUUGUUUUGUUGUACUGCAAUUAUUGUACGUUUCCCGCCAAAUAAUCAUCGUAGCAUCAAGUUCUUAUUUACAUAAAAGAAUUGAAGUGUAAUAAUUGACAAGUGAUAUUUGAAUCAAAAGUUAUUUUUUUUUAAUUAUAAAAUUGAUAAUGAACGACUUUGACGCACCUCAAGUUUUUUUCUCGGACAAUUUCGCGUCUGAUGAGCAGCGUGAUGACCAGCUAAAACUGCAAACGUACAAAAGAAAAUUCAAGGAAUUCAUACGACAAUUUCAUGAAGGGAAUUUUAAUUACAAGUAUCGUGAUGCGCUUAAACGCAAUUACAAUUUGGGACAGUACUGGGUUGAAGUUAAUCUCGAAGAUCUGGGGGCCUUUGAUGAAUCGCUGGCAGAAAAACUGUACAAGCAGCCUACUGAGUAUUUGCCGGUAUUUGAGGAAGCAGCCAGAGAUGUUGCUGAUGAGUUGACGGCACCGAGACCGCUGGAUGAGGAAAAAGUUGAAGAUAUUCAGAUAUUGCUGUCUUCUGAUGGGAACCCGACAUCUCUGAGAGGCAUGAAGCCUGACAUCGUGUCCAAGUUAAUAAAAGUCCCUGGAAUUGUCGUGUCUGCAUCAGGAAUCAGGUCCAAGGCUACGAAAAUUUCAAUCCAAUGCAGAUCUUGCAGGACAAUACAAAGUAAUAUCCCAAUAAAACCAGGUCUAGAAGGAUAUGCUUUACCAAGAAAAUGUACAACAGAGCAAGCAGGAAGACCCAAGUGCCAACUAGAUCCAUUCUUCGUGAUGCCAGAUUUGUGUCGCUGUGUUGAUUUCCAAGUACUGAAGCUCCAAGAGUUACCAGACAACAUUCCUCAAGGAGAGAUGCCGCGACAUUUGCAACUUUACUGCGAUCGUUACCUCUGUGAUCGUGUUGUACCAGGUAACAGAGUUCUUAUUUUGGGAAUAUACUCCAUCAAAAAGGUCUCGGGAUCUGGGGGCAGACGUGGGGGACGAGAAAAAACACUUGUCGGCGUACGAGCUCCAUAUCUUCGUGUAAUCGGUAUUUCUGUCGAUGGAGAAAAUACCGGGCGCGGUACUCAGCCAGUUAUUACUAACGAAGAAGAAGAUAUGUUCAGACGUCUGUCAGCUGAUCCAUUGAUUUAUGAAAAAAUAGCUAAAAGUAUUGCACCGAGUAUUUUUGGUGCUGCUGAUAUUAAGAAAGCCAUUGCAUGCUUGCUGUUCGGAGGCUCGAGAAAACGUAUGCCUGACGGAUUAUGCAGAAGGGGUGACAUCAAUGUCCUGAUGUUGGGAGAUCCAGGUACUGCUAAAUCUCAGUUAUUAAAAUUCGUUGAAACUGUAGCGCCGAUUGGAAUUUACACUUCGGGUAAAGGAAGUUCUGCUGCUGGUUUAACAGCUUCUGUAAUUCGUGAUCCCUCAUCCAGAAACUUUGUCAUGGAGGGAGGGGCCAUGGUACUGGCAGACGGUGGUGUAGUUUGUAUUGAUGAGUUUGAUAAAAUGAAAGAAGACGACAGAGUUGCGAUCCACGAGGCCAUGGAACAGCAGACAAUCUCCAUUGCCAAAGCUGGAAUCACAACGACUUUAAAUACUCGGUGCUCAGUACUUGCCGCGGCUAAUUCAAUCUUCGGUCGCUGGGAUGACAUCAAGGGUGAUGACAAUAUCGACUUUAUGCCCACGAUUCUUUCACGUUUCGACAUGAUUUUCAUUGUCAAAGAUGAACAUGAACAAUCGCGUGAUAUAACACUCGCUAAACACGUUAUGAACAUUCACGCAAACGCUGGCCAAGUCACAGAUCAAGCUACUGAAGGCGAAUUACCACUUGCUGUACUGAAAAAAUAUAUUCAAUACUGUAGAUCGCGUUGUGGGCCACGGCUGAGCAAAGAAGCUGGUGAAAAACUUAAAAAUCGCUAUGUAUUGAUGCGUGCUGGUACUCACGAGCAUGAAAAAGACACCGAGAAGCGGCUGUCAAUCCCAAUAACUGUAAGACAGUUGGAAGCGAUCAUAAGAAUAUCUGAAUCUUUGGCUAAAAUGCGGUUGGCACCUUUUGCCACAGAAGUUCACGUCAGCGAGGCUCUUCGACUCUUCCAAGUAUCAACUCUCGAUGCAGCAGUCUCUGGAUCACUUGCAGGCGCCGAAGGUUUCACGUCCGAAGCAGAUCACGAGAUGCUUGCUCAAAUCGAGAAACAAUUGAAACGACGAUUUGCCGUUGGCUCUCAAGUGUCUGAGCAAAGUAUCGUCAACGAUUUUAUGAAACAAAAAUUUGCAGAACGCGCUAUUUUAAAAGUUAUCCACACGAUGAUUCGUCGUGGCGAACUGCAGCAUCGCAUGCAGCGUAAAAUGUUGUACAGACUUAUGUAAAUUAUCAUUUAAAUUAAAAUCACUAAUUAAUUAAUCAUUUAGAUAUUUAAUGGUCGUAAAUAAUUUUUUUUUAUUUUUAUAAAAGCUAAAAAUGCCGACAAUAAAU